AUGGACGGAUCUCGCAUACACCCGGAGAACUUUAAGGAGAUCUAUACAAAAGCCUGCGAAGCCUUCACCCACAAGCUGCAGUGUCAAGUAUUCGUUCUCCUGAGCCCACCCCCCAGCCCUGAUAUAGAGAAUAUCGCGACACGGCUGGAAGAGCUCGGCGAGCGCGUCAUUCAGAUUGGAUUCCUUGGGGAGAUUGGCGAGUUCGGGAUCAGGGGUGAUAACCGCGUGCGUGCGCGCUGGGGUCCGCUUUCUAUUAAGGAGAUUUGCUUCGAGAUUAAGUGGGAAUUGACUGUUAUCAUGGAGGAACUUGCUAACGGUGGAGAUCCGUUGAUACUUGCGGAUUUAAUAGUCGAGAUUUUGGAUGCGUUGCCUUUUUGA